CUGUCUGCAGUCCAGCUCCGCAGAGCCCCCCUCUUCAUUCACACUUUUUAUUUAGUAAAGAAACAAAUAAUAUAUAAUUUAAAAAAAAAAACACCCUCUCAUCCCCUGCCACCAUGUCGGCCGCCAGCACCGAGACCAGCGCCUCUCCUCUGCCCUCCGACAGCACCCGCGUCUUCUUCCAGGGCGCGCCCCCUGGAGUGGGCUGCCGGGGGUCCGAGCCCAUCGCCGAGGAGGACACGAACCACAGGAAGCAGGGCAAGGUGACGGUGCGCUACGACAGAAAGGAGCUCCGGAAGAGGCUCCAGCUGGAGGAGUGGAUCGUGGAGAAGCUCAGCGAACUGUAUGACUGUGAGGAAGAUGAGAUGCCAGAGGUGGAGAUUGAUAUUGAUGAACUGUUGGAGUUCAGCAGUGAUGAGGAGAGAAUCAGCAAACUGCAGGUAGCACUAAUAGACUGCUACAAACCAGUAGAGGACUUCGUCUGCGAGUUGCUGUGCCGGAUAAAGGGAAUGAGGAAACUCAGCAUAACGAACAAGAAAGAUUUUUAAGGGCUUUUAUUGGCACUCAUCACUGGAUCGCGUACAACGUCACUUCAACCCCACCUACCUUAUUUACUCCUCAUGGACCGUCAUCACAUAAUAAUUUAUCGAAACAUUAGCAGCUGCUCCGCAACCUGCAAACAUACGUCGUAUAUAAAUUAGCACUAGCCGUUGAUGUCACUAUCACACAGAAUAACUAGUUGUAUGAUAAUACCAACAAUAUUUGACUGUUGUCACAAGAAAAAGAAAACUUCAUUAAAUGGCAUUGGCCUGGAAUGUGCCAGAAUGUGCUUUAAUUUUAAUAUUACCACCUAAUUUUACAUUUCUGAGCAAUGUACAGAGUUUAAAAAAUAAGAAAUACACGAAAAAAAAACAGCCAUACAAACUAAAAUACAGACAAAUCUUAUAAAAGGUGGUAAAAAAAGGUUGUUAAAUUAGCUGCAGCACUAUGAUGUUUGAGGGUUUUUUUAUUUGGCUGUUCUGUUACGUCAUUUUAAAAGUUGCUUGUUUCCAUUUGUUCUUGUAAAUGGAAUGUGUUUUUUUUUUUGGCGUCUUUUUUUGUGAACUUCCUUCUUUUAUUUUGAAGCACAACAUUUGCUCUGUCCUGUCGUGACGUGUAAACUCUGGGGGGGCAAAAAAAAAGGGACAUAUUUGCAAACCUAUAGCUGAAAUACUGUUAAUGUUUCUGAUCGUGACAAACUGUUCUGGUGUACUGUUUUCAACCGCAAGGCAUGAUGGGUGCUGCGGUUCUCUGGAUGAGGCGGCAAAAACAUGACUGGCAGCCUUUCAGUGAUCAUGUUAUAAUGGAUGUCUGAUGAUCAUUGGAGUUUUUUUUUUUUUUUUUAACGUUUCGUUAAAAUCUCUGCUGACUCAUUUCUCUGUCAAUGGAUGAUGUUGCCUUUAAGGACUUUCAGGAUAAGUUUUUUAUUUUAUAUUUUUAUUUAACCUUUAUUUCAACAGGCAAAACAUUAAAAACAGUUUCUUACUUACAAUGUUGGCCUGAAGUUCAGUUUGUUUUAUUUUUUUAUUCUCAGCACUGACAACCUAAUGGUUACUGUGGUUCGGUCAAAGCCUGAGGGCAACCUCAACUGUUAACGCUCCAACCAUUCAGGUUUUCUUUCUGAAGCUGUGCCACUUUAAAAAUCAUUUUUGAAACUGUUCAUCAGUUUGCAAAAAACAUCUGAGUCGGCACAAAUUUUAAGAUGCUUAAAGCCCUUUUUAGCUUGCAAAAAAAAUGUGACAACUCCAGAAUCCCAAGUUUAAAAGUACAAUGAAGUAUUAGGGCCAGACUACGAGAUUUUUCUUUUUAAUUACGACUUUAUAUUAGUAAAAUAAGGACUUUAUUCUUGUAAUAUUAUGCCUAUUCUGGAAAGAAUAUGACUUUAUUGUUUAUUAAAUAUGGAUUUCUUGAAAAUGAAAA